UCUUCCUCUUCCGUAUCGUAACAUACCUGAGUCCCAGUUCAGAGACGCGGGCAGCACAGCUCCUUCCCGCGCGGUGUCGCCAAGAUGCCGCUGCGUCCGGCGCCGUCGGCCUUCGCUGGGCAGACUAUGAAGAAGGCCUACGACGACCUUAAAAAAUCGCUCGACCCGACGCAUUCGCGCGAUUUCCAAAGCAUUGACCUUGCCGAUGUCCGCAAAGCAGCGACGGAGCUUGAGGAGCAACUCGCCGCCCGGCAAUCGCUCCGCAACUUGCGGCGCCUGGCGCCCCUCCUCGACGCCUUGGAGCGCUACUCAAACGCCGCCGAGUCGCUAUGUCGCGGCGCCCCCUACUUGAAGCUGCUUUGGGCUCCUCUCACGGAAAUCCUCCGGGCGUCAUCAAACUUGACCGAGGCCUUGGAAAAGAUCCUCAAGGGGUACUCGGAGCUCGCAUGCUCUCUACAGUCGUUCCAGCUUCUCGGGCAUGCCUUUAGGGAUAACGCCAUCUUCCAGGAUACGCUUGCAGUCAUAUACGCCAAUAUCCUUGAGUUCCACAAACAUGCAUACAUCUACGUGCAUAGAACUGGGUGGAAACUACUCUUCAUGAGCUCCUGGGGCCGCUUUGGACACCGCCUUAGCGGAAUUCUCGAGGAUUUAAGGCGCCACCGCGAGCUUCUGGAGUCCAACGCAAAGGCACACGACAUUUUCGAAGCUCGAAGGAUGCGCGAGGACAUGCGGACGUGGCGAGAGGAGCACUUGGAAAGCCUUAAGCAGGCCGAGCAGGAAAGAUCCGCCAAAGAUUUCUUGUCCAUCACCUCGGCGCUUAAUAUCGAUGAGCAGGACCAGCUCUCGAUAUUCCACGAGGUUUCUUCUGAAGGCGAAAAGUAUCCGGGGACUUGCGCUUGGGUGACCUCCCACCCGUUAAUGAAGUCAUGGCUCCGGCGAACCCCAGAGACCCCCAUGUUGUGGCUGAAAGGACCUCCAGGCUGGGGCAAAAGCACCAUUUCCGCCCGCCUCGUCGCCUUUUUGAGGGCCGCCAAUAUACCCGUCAUCCACCACUUUUGCACGUAUCUAUUUGCCUCCUCCACCAAGCUCGACCAGAUACUCCGGUCCAUACUCCUCCAGCUCCUUCGCAUCGAUUCGGAGAUGGUUUCCCACGUCUACCAUCUCUUUGUACAGCAAAAGAAGCAGCCCUCCAUUUCCGCCCUCGAACAGCUCCUCCUGUCGUUGCUUGAAGGCAUGACCAAGGAUGCGGAAAACGCUGGGUAUAUCUGGAUCAUUCUGGAUGGCGUCGACGAGUGCGCCCAAGAGAAGAUGUCGACACUCCUCAGAUUGAUGAAGCGGAUCACCUCCAAAUCUUCUACGUGGGAGAAUGUUACCGUUAAGGUCCUUAUUUCCAGUCACGCUUCUUACGCCCUAACCACCGGGCUUCGACAUUGUCGGACAUUGUCUCUUGGAGAUGAAACAAGCUCGUUGCACGACGCCAUCCAUGCAUACUCGACUCAAAGACUUGGCGUCGUCCACACCCGGUUGGCACAAAUCGGCGUUACGGACGCUGAUAUUGCCGAGCUCGCAGACGCUGUGGCUGCCCGAGCAGACGGAAUGUUCCUUUACGCCCGGCUGGUCUUGGACCACAUCACCGCCAAAAUUUUCUUUUCUCCCGACGAAGUUAAACGUUCCGUGGCUGAUCUCCCAGACAAGGUAACCAAGUUCUACCAGCAAAUACUGACACGGAUCCUUAACCGCCUGGACGCUCAGUCAGUGGACCGCAUCAGAUGCGUGCUGGGAUGGAUUGCUUUCGCGAAGCGACCUUUGAAACUCCUCGAACUACUUUCGGCAGUCUCCUUUAGUGCCAUGGAUGCUGCCGUUGAAUACCUUGCCCCGAGGUACCUUCUGGACGAAUGUGCCGCUUUCGUGGUGGAGCGGGGCGACACCACCUUUACCUUCAUUCACGCGUCGAUCAAGGAAUUUCUCGAGGGCCCUGCAUUAGGGCUCGUUAUCCGCGGGCAAGACGUUGUGCUAGAACACUGCCGAGCGGCCACAUCGUGUUUGAUCUCAGGCAUGCAUGUGUUUAGCAAGGAGUAUCAAGAGAGCGCACGAAAUAUCCGAGUUGUCAAGGGCAUUCACGGGUUUCAUCUGUACGCCACAGAGCACUGGCUUGAUGACCUCCUGUCAAUCGGCACGACGCCAGAGCCGGCGGUUUUACGCACCCUGCAGCUUGUCCAUCAGCUGGUGUUGCGGCUGGACGAGACCUAUGGAAUUUCGGCGCCAUCAGAAGCGGCCCAAUCGAGGCUUGUUACCGUUGACAAGCGACUCGUUGCUUUGCAGCAGUACCCAAAGCUAUACCACUGUGCCUUGAGCGCCCUUGAGGCAGCGUCGCUCGACAAACUGGAGUUACGAAUCCUUGCCAACUCUGAACCAGUGGCUGGAGAUGAAAGUCCCCCUGGCCUGGGGAUCAAAGACGGCAUCUCGAAGCUUCUUUCUUCAUACCAAGCUACCACUCGGUACCUCCUCUGCCAACACGCUGUUGAAGGUGUUUCUGCCGACGAGCUUAAGCUCUUCAAGGAACAGUUUGGGAGCUCCGCCUUCACUUGCCGGCUGCGAACAUGUCCUCACGCGACUCUGGGCUUUGAGUCAGAGAGCGACCGCGAGCACCAUGAGAUGGCACACGUCCGGGGAGUUCGUUGCUCUGUCCCGGGAUGCCAAUAUCUUCCGUUCAGCUCUACGAUAGGGCUGCAGAAGCACAUCCGUGAACGCCACGAAACAUCAAGCGGCAGAAGGACAAUCCGACGAGCGCCUCGACUACAAACACAGCGUAACCAAGGAGAAACCGGAUCCUCAUCUCGUCGGCCGAACGUCGGUGAGAAAACAGCGAUAAAUAAUACGGAUCACCAUGCCUCGCCCCAGCCACCGCUGGGGCUGGCCGGGCCUCCGCCCCCUCCUCCCCCGCCGUGGUCGCAGCAGACUCAGCAGCAUCCCCAAGCCCCGCCGGGUCCGGGAAACUUCCCCGCGCAGCCGCCGCACCCGCCCCAGCCGGGCAACUCACUGGGCGAUCUUAACGUCGAGCGCCUUCCCGCCCAUUACAAGAAGUUGCGGGAUGAUUGGUUCGUUAUUUUUAACCCUAACGUGCCGCGCAUCCUCGACGUGGAUCUUUUCCACACGCUCCAGCACGACAGCGUCGUGUGCUGCGUGCGGUUUAGCGCCGACGGCAAGUACGUCGCUACGGGCUGCAACCGCUCCGCUCAGAUCUUCGACGCCGCGACCGGCGAGAAGCUUUGUAUACUGCAGGACGAAAACAUCGGUGACGUGUACAUCCGUAGCGUUUGUUUUAGCCCCGACGGCAAAUAUCUAGCCACCGGUGCCGAGGAUAAGCUUAUCCGGGUUUGGGAUAUCCAGUCGAAGCAGGUUCGAACCCAGUUCUUAGGCCACGAACAGGAAAUUUCUUCGCUCGAUUUUGCACGUAACGGUCGCACCAUCGCAUCUGGCAGCAAAGACCGGACCGUUAAGCUUUGGGAUAUUGAAACUGGCGGCAACGUGUUAACGCUAACUCUCGAGGACGCCGUUACCUCCGUUGCGAUCUCGCCCGAUACCAAAUAUAUAGCGGCCGGAAGCAUGGGGAAAAGCGUCCAGGUUUGGGAUUCCCAAACCGGGUUCCUCGUCGAGCGAUUGGAAGGCCCCGAUGGACACAAAGAUGGCGUUCAUAGUGUCGCCUUUUCUCCCAACGGCAAGGACCUCGUUAGCGGCAGUUUGGACAAAACCAUAAAAAUGUGGGAGCUUGCCAGCCCUCGCGGAAUGCCGAUCCCGGGCCCUAAAGGUGUUCGUUGCGUCACAACUUUGGAGGGACACAGGGAUUUCGUGCUAAGCAUCGCCUUAACUCCCGACGCCCAAUGGGUCAUGUCUGGCUCCAAGGACCGCGGUAUGCAGUUCUGGGACCCGCGGACUGGUAGCACCCAGCUGAUGCUUCAGGGCCAUAAGAACUCUGUCAUCUCGGUCGCGCCUAGCCCCGCGGGCGGUUACUUUGCCACAGGCUCGGGCGACAUGCGCGCCCGCAUCUGGUCAUACAACCGCUUAGGACACGGCGUGUAGUAAUAUGCUGUCGUACGGUGCGGUAUGUUGCAGCCAGUUAGUUUUGCAAUGGUGGGGUUUGGAUUUGGGAUAACUCUAGGGGCAAAAAUCAAGAGCAAGAAAAAAAUAUAAAAAAGAAUGUUUCGGCGUAUACACAAGAGAAAGGGGAGUGUUAUAUUACCCCGCGCGUAUUAUUAUUUAACCCCGUGUUUAUCCGUGCACACGUGCG